AUGAAAAAACUUCUCAAUGCUGCAUCAUCCAAGUGUCAUCACCUCUUCUGUUUUAUCAAGCAACAACAACACUCACCAAUAGUCACCCCAAUAAUAAGGAGCUACUCAUCGGGAUUUGUUGAAAAUCCUCACACACAAGAGGAAGUCAAUGGUUUAAUUUAUAUUCCGAAUUAUCUCUCAGAGGACAAGGCCAACCAAUUACUGGCACAUCUCGAUUCUCACUCAUGGUUCGAUUCAUUAAUUUCUCGGAGAAUACAGUGCUACGGUAUUCACUAUUAUUUCACCAAAUUAUUCCAUCCUGGUCUACAGCCCAUGAGAAGAAGUAAUUUACCUCUUCAAGAACUUGAAUUUGUUACCAAAGAUAUCGAGCGAGAUUUUAGUAGUAUCGGAAUUAGAUUUAUGAAGGAUGAAGAAAUUGUAGGACUUCCCGACUAUUAUGAACGAUACAACUCGACAACAUCUCUCAGCAUGUCAUUGAGCUCAUCAGAAUUGUCAUCUCGUCAUUCCACCAUUAUUCCAAGUCUUGAUGAUGACACUACUAUUCACCAAGUUACUCAUGAAGACGACAGAAUUAAUCAAUGCCUCGUUCAAGAGUACUAUCAUCACACCAUUGCAAAACAUGUAGACAACACAAAUGUAUUUGGUAAAGAAAUUGUGGGUCUUUUCUCUCGUGAAUGCUUGUGA